CGGUGGUUCACAUUCAUCGAAUCCUAUAGACUUUGAGUGAAAUGGCUAGCAGAGCGGUGAAUCAGCCGGCGCUUGCCAGCGCCAAAGGGACGACCGAACAAAGCAGUGCUGCCGUCCCGCUAAAGUUUAUCUACGUGCCACAGAAGCUCGAGGUGUACGAGUACGAGACGGCCAUCUUUCAGUGCAUUAUUGAAGGUUAUCCGACGCCGGCAAUGUCCUGGCAGCGGAACGGUAUUCCACUCGCACCGACACGCACGGUUACGAUUCAGAGCAAGGGUUCCCUGUGCACCAUGAAGAUCCAGAGCGUCCUGCCGAAGGAUGCUGGUCCGUAUCAGCUGGUUAUCGAGAACGAGAGUGGCCGGGUGGAGCGUACGAUCGAGCUGCUGGUGCUGGAAAAAAUUCGUACCAUCAAUCGGGUAAAGCGGAACAGUCAGCCGGCGAUCAGUAGCAUACGCAUCUAUCGUCACAUCAACGAUUAUUCGCCGCUCGUCGGUGAGUACAUCAUCCUGAAUGCGGAGUACUACGCACCAUCGAUACCGACCGUCCGCUGCUUUCACAAUGGCCGGGAGCUAGAGGAUGGUCGGAUAUUUCACAAAAGCGUUAGCCAGCGUAAUCUUUCGCUAGUGCUGGAAAAAGCGAAACCAAGCGACUCGGGAACGUACACAUGCGUGCUGGAAACGAUCGAUGGCUGCAUGAAGGUGAUGUCGGCGGAAAUUGACGUACAGGAUCCGAAGUGGUCCGUACCGAUCGACAAGCUGUCGCGGAUUGUACGCGACCUGCCGAAAGUGAUCACCAUUACGGAGGGGACGGAAGUGGAGCUCAGCCUGGAGCUACAGUGCUCCGAGCUGGUGAAAUGUUCUUGGAAGAAAAAUGGACGCCCCGUAAAGGAUUCGACCGAUUUCGCCUACAUCGACCACGGUAAUGGUAAGUUUGGCUUGCGCGUCAAGGACCCAUUUCUGGACGAUGCGGGACUGUACGAGUGUGUGAUCGAAGCGGCAAAGCAGCACCUCACGUCAAGCUGCUACCUGGACGUGCUCGAACUAGACCAACAGCAGCCACCGAUGGACUGUGAUCAUCGGCUACCGGUCCGCUUCGUCCGCUUUCCGCUCGCACAGAUUGCCCUCGAGGGAGACAACGUGGAGUUUUAUGCGUGUGUACAUCCGCCCGACAUACGUCUCCGGUGGUUCGUCCGGGGAUUGGAAAUCACUAGCGGUACCAAAGGAUUUUCGAUGGAGUCACGCGACGAUGGUGGUAACAUUCUGCGAAUAUUCAACGCUGCGUACCGGCAAAGUGGUGAAGUGAAGUGUUGCAUCCCAUCCGCGGUUACCGAUCCUCAGGGGCAGCUGUGCGCGUAUGCUGAUCUGUGCGUGCUGCCCAAGGCGUACGUCGGAGCGUUGGAGCGAAAGGAAAUUGAACGGUACAGUAUGGCGGGACAGAAGCUGCGAUUUCUUCACUGUCUCCAGGACGAGGUGGUGCUGCAGGGGGACGAUGUGAUCAUUGAAGCCUGCUACCAGGGUCUGCCACCGUCCGAUCUGCGCUGGAAACGAUCGGGCCGAACCAUCACCGAUAGCAAUGCGACUACGAACAAUCUGCCGGGUCGCACCCGCCUUCUAAUAACAAACAUCGAACCGGCGCAGGGUGGCAAAUAUAGUAUUCAACUCGACAAAGCCUGCCCGGAAACGGAGCUAUCGAUGUGUUUACGUGUGGAGUCGCCUCCGGAACCACCGGCCGGUAAGCCGACGGCAACCGUUGUCAACCAGACCUCUCUCACCGUUUCCUGGAAUCCUGCUCCAUACGAUGGAGGAAGUGCCAUAACUGGAUUUGUGAUCGAAAUGCAACAGAAUGGUGAAGACCGUUGGGUUUGCGUGAAGCGUGUACCGAACUCGUUUUCCUGCCUCAUCGACAGUUUGCAGCAGGACGGAUGCUAUCGGUUUCGAAUACGGGCGGAAAAUGUGCAUGGUACGAGCCAUCCAACACCCGCCAGCGCUCUGUUGACACUAAGCGAAGACAAACGAACCAACGGUACGUCCGAGUUGCGAGCGAAUCGUGCUAUGCCCGCAAGUCCCACCUCUAGCGGAGCCAGUUUCUGCAGCGAUCUUGGUAACGGCGAGCCCGGUUACGGUGAUCAGACCGGGCAGGAAGGCAACCAUCAUCAGCAUCAAACGGCAUCGCCUACGGUAACGAUUGCUGCGGGCGGUGACUUUAACGAGCAGUUCGAGGUGGUGAAGGAAGUGGGCAAGGGACGGUUCGGGGUGGUGUACAAGGUGAUCGCACGCCAGGGUGAAGCGGGUACUGUGCUGGCAGCCAAAAAGGUCAAGUGCAUACGUAUGAAGGACAAGGAGCGUGUCUGGCAGGAGACGGCCAUCAUGGAAAGCCUGGAGCAUCCGAAGCUGUUGCGACUGUUCGCUACGUUCGAGCUGCCGAAGGAAAUCAUCAUGGUGGUGGAGUACAUUUCGGGCGGUGAACUGUUUGAGCGUGUAGUGGCGGACGAUUUCACACUCACCGAGAAGGAUUGUGUGAUUUUUGUGCGCCAAAUUUGCCAGGGCGUGGAGCAUAUGCACAGCCGCCAGAUAGUGCAUCUCGAUCUGAAGCCGGAAAACAUUAUGUGCGCUACUAAAACAAGUCACGAGAUAAAAAUUAUUGACUUCGGUUUGGCACAGCGACUGUGUGCUUCCAGCCCAACGAGGGUACUGUUCGGGACGCCCGAGUUUAUUGCACCGGAGAUCAUCAACUACGAACCGAUCAGCGUCCAGUCGGACAUGUGGAGCAUCGGUGUGAUCUGCUAUGUGCUACUGUCCGGCCUGUCACCCUUCAUGGGAGACAAUGACGUGGACACGUUUAGUAACAUCACACGCGCCGAGUAUGACUUUGACGACGAAGCAUUCGAUUUGGUGUCGGACGGUGCGAAAGAAUUUAUCGCGGGAUUGCUUCGCGGCCGCCAGGAGGAACGGCUAAGCGCCCAACAAUGUUUGCAGUCGGAAUGGCUUUCGUUCAAGAGCGGGGAAAACGUCGGGGUCAAUCAGAUUCGAACGGAUAAGUUGAAAAAAUUCAUCAUCCGUAGAAAAUGGCAGAAAACAGGCAAUGCCAUACGGGCCCUCGGAAGGAUGGCGAACUUAUCCGCUUCCCGGCGUGUCUCGGUGGUGCCACGCGAAACGAAUCCCGAAUAACGGCCAUGAGGAUGCGAUCUGCAACGAAGCACACAGAACGGCGCACGCGA